AUGAUUGCAGCAGAUGUGCCUUGGCUCUCGGCACCUGCGGCCGCAUCUGAGGCUGGAGGCGAGCAGCCCGUGGCCGAGAAGGAUACGGCCGGGAGUGGGGCGCUGGAGACUAUAUAUCGGGGUCCGCUGGGUCGGCCGAUCCGCGCAGUCAAGGUGUUCUCAGUCUCGUCGAUGGUCCUGACAGCAGUCGGCUCGCCGGCGCUGGCCGUACUUGCGUCGGAGCACAUGCCACUGCAGGCCGGGAUGGCGAUGGCCGGUGGUGCGAUGGCGGUCUCUGCCUUUACCACCUCUCUGCUCUACUGGUUCACCAAGCCGUAUGUGGUGAAUCUGAGCGUGGAUCCGGCAUCGCCGGACGUGGUCCAUCUGACCACCCUCUCGCUUCUGGGUCGACCGGCCAAGUCGGUUGUCCACAUCGACGAGGUCACCCGCGAGCUUGGCCGCCCGUUUGCCUCGUUCCAGGUCCCAUCCACUGGUGACCACUACUUUGUCCAUGCCGGAGUCGGCGAUGUCGAGAACUGGGGCCACGUCCUCUCCAAGCUGGCCGACAUGACCAAGGACGACGUCGAUGCCUCGUCCGCCGCCGCCAAGGUCCAGUCGGAGAUCGAUGCGCUCUCCCGUUCCUCAGAAACGUCCAGCGUCAACUCGGACACCAAGUCUAGCGCCAAGUAG